AUGUUCAAAGCACAAGAGCAUGGACUUGGAGUGCUCCCCGAGGCUACAGAAAAGGCUCGGGAGAUUGCUCGUCAGGGGCAGGUAGCCUUCGUCGAGAUUGAACGAAUGCUCGACAAAUUACAGAACAACGACUCAGAUGAUGACUUCAAGCAUACACCUAUGCAAGAACGGCUCAAGUGGUGUUUUCGGAGACAAUACGUCACGUAUUUACUGGCACAAUUGGAAUCCCUCAAGCUCAGCCUGAUUGUAAUGCUUCAAGUGCUACAGCUGGGCAAUUUGGCCAAACCAGGGACUACUGCGCCAGUCUCCACCACGAUGAAUGGAGGAGAUGAAAUUGCCGAACGGAAAGCGGAGAUUCAGAACGUGGUUAUUGUGCGGUACUGGACCGUGAAGCGUCUUAAUCGUUUGUGGGAUGCUGCGAGCAAGAGGCGCGGGACGCCAAUAGCGGUCACAACCCAAGCUGCCAGUCUUACAAAACUACGCACUGUGACUUUUGGAGAGAGUGAUUCCGAUUUAGGGGACAUUGAACGGUCUCCAAAGGAUAUGGUGCUACUGUCUGAGAAAGCCUUGAACCGCCUCUUACUGAUGUGGAUUCCGUCAUUUGAUCCUACGAAGAUCCACAAUGCUGGAAGGCGAGUCCAUCCCCAGCCGUCUGUAUCUUCAGACACCGAAGACGACGCUGAGAGCCUGGACUUUGAGAACUUCCACUCUGGUGGUCACUAUCUAGAGGGAACUACUAUGGACUGGCGCAAGCCCCAUUCUCAAGAGGCUCGGCAAGAAGCAGCGCAGCGACGUCGACAAUACUCUGAGUAUCAAGCGCACGUGGAAAGCGACCCUGAAAUCGAAGUGCCUCGUCGUAAAGAAGUGUAUCCAGAAAAGCCACGAUCAACGGUCUCAAAUGAUGAAGUCGAGCAAAGGUCCAAUGACCGCCAGCCACCUAUCAGCAUUCCCAUGCACCACCGCGCCCAUUCUAAUAGCGUUCCCUCCCAAUACCCUCCGACGUCGAACCCUAGCGGCAGACCAGCUGCGAGCUAUCCAGCCAACCAGCCUGUCCCUCGUGCCCCAGCACCGCCGCGAUUACAAACGCCGCCGUCUCCCAUCCCGGGACCUCCGCAGUACAAAUGCAGUCCACCAGAAAGCUACGUGAACACAAUUCCACGCUCGAUCCUGAAGAAACCUAACCCAACCGCAAUUCCGAACAUAACAUGCACCCUACCAGGUCAACUCGACAACCCCUGGGGCCGACCUCAAGCCUACAACUCACGUCAACCACAUCACAGCGCCUCAGCGUACCAGCUGUCAACAUCCUCCCCAGAGACCAGUCUCCGGCCAUCACCGCCACGCUCGGCGCAGCGAUCGCCAUCCCGCCAUAGUCGAUCCUCACGGGAAGAGGAAAACCGACAAGAAACCAGGGAACGGCGCAAACGCAACGCAACCCGAGGAUUGGUUGGACUGGGAGCCAUAGCUGGAUUUAUGGAUGCGCUGGAGGCAUUCUCAAUCCUUUAA